AUGUGCAAACAAAAACACAUCAAACGACCGCCCGCUCCAGCUGUGGAGCAAUUGCUGGGAAGAAUAGCAAAACCUCCGCUUGUCCUGUCCUUGUUGCUGUUCCUCGUCCUCGUUUGCCCUUGCAGCAGUUCAGCAAGUUCUCAGCGUCUCAAUUAUAAGAGUUUGGAUGUAGAGGAUGCACAUGAUGUUUCAAGCCCGGUCGCAGCAGCAGCUCUUACUGCUGUAGGAGAUGCUCUAGAUGGGAAAGGUGCAUUCCAGCAGGUACUGAAAAAGGGCUUGCGGCCUGUGAGUAAGGAAUGGAUUAGUGGUGCAUUGAAUAGGUUUGGGUGGCACGCACCGGGGUCUGCUGCGGCGGUAGUGCUGGUGGUAGUUUUAGUUAUAGCAAGCAUAUUUGCUGCUGCCAGUCGAAGGCCCAAAGCUGGCGAGGCGUCAUGGGCGGGAGGAGAGGAGCCAACGCCGGAACCUUCUGGAGGAGAACAAAAACAUGAAGAGGAAGAUCAGGACAAAGGAGAAGGACAAAUUGAUGAGCAGAUUGCUUCCGGUGAGUUGGAGAUAUUGCCUACACUGCAACACAGCGUUCACCUUGUAGCUUUACUAGCUGCCACUGUGAAUAAAAAGGGAUAUAGUGCACUGCUUGAUGCUAUGAAGAAGCAUACAGACACUGCGGCGAAGUACCAGUCUGCUGCAGAGAUCGGGGAACCAGGAGCGCUGGCUGCGCUUGCUGCUCAUAACCAAAAAGCAACACAAUUGAUUAUGGAAUUGCUAGAAGAUGCAAUGUAUGUUGUAACCGAAAGUGCAAGGAGACUGAAUUCAUGCAAGGAUGCAGCAGUUAUAGCUGAUGCUUCUCUUGCCAGAAGGGUGUUUAACAAAUCAGGAAUCGCAUCAUCAUACCAGGAGGCCUGGGACCAAGCUGUGGCCGUCUGCGACAGUAGUAUACGUUUCCUGCGGACAUUUGCACAACGGGUGCACCAGAGGCUGCCGAACCUGCCCUCACUGCAACAGAAGCAGCUGGUGCUGCUGCCCAACCGAAUUUCCGCUGCAGGGGUUGCAGUCUUAGCUACCGAUUGCUGCGUGUGGGGACAAGACGCAGCAACAAAGGCAGCCAAGCAGCUAAAGCUAAUUUGUCUGAAUCUGGCUAAGAGCAAUCGAAGGGUGGAGGUGGAAUUGGAAGCGGCCAACCUAGAAGUUCAACGGAGAAUUGCUGCAGCGAUGUUGGAGGCUGCACACUCAAGCGUGGAGGACAAGACAAAACGACUGCCACCUGAAGAAGCAAAUCUCUUGGCGAAGUGGGACGAGCGGCAUAAGGUUGCGCAAGAUGCGCUUAGCUCGAUGCAGGAGCAACUGCAACUGUUGAAGGAUAUGGUAGACCCACUAGACUUCAUGUAUAGUGCGACCGGGGCAACGAGUGCAUCAAAGGGUGCAGCACACCUUCGAGACCUUCUCAAUGGACUGUCAGAACUCUUGUCCCGCCCAACGUUCCUUGGCGCCAAACAACAUGGGAAGAAAGCGGCACGCAUGGAGGACGUCGUGUCCGUUGUGGAGCAUGUUAUGGACCUGCGGACUGCGAUGAAACCCAUUGUUGAAGCAGCAGCAGCAACCGAGCAGGAAGUGUUGGAUGUGGGGAGCCAGGUAGAGAUGCAGCUUUCCGGUCUAAAGGACCUCCCAUGGGUGCCUCAGUUGUUGUUGGAAAAAGUUGAAAAGCAACUAGGGAAUGCGAUAGUGAAUGCGAAGGUGAAGAGAGAGGCUGUCCAGCAGCGUGUGAUCGAGAUGAGCCGCAGCGCGCUAAGUGGCAUAGUUACAUCGUUAGAUGAACUAGCGGCGGACACAUCAGCACUGAAGGAGAAUUGCAAGACUCUGUGGCAGCUGCGUGCGGAAGUGGAAAUGCUGGUGUUGCUGAAGGGAAUGGUAGAAUUUUCUGAAAAGGCCAAGGAGGCUUCAUUAGGGAUGAUAGCAGAUUCGGAGAUCCUGCACGCUUCCCACCACCGACGGGCAGGCGAACUCAAGAUGCAGGUGGAGCUUUCAGUAAAAGCAGCAAGGCGAGCAGAUAGCCUUUCUGGUGUUGUGGAAGCAGUCAGCGAGUAUGUUUCUGCUAGCGAGAAGCUGUUGCACCUGUCGCUGAUGCCACUGUUGGAACUUAAGCUUGAAAACGACCUUCCAGCAGCAGCAGAAGUGUAG